GAGUUGAGCAAGCUGAGGCCGCCUCUGAGCGGGAAGGAAAAUCGCAACCUGCUGGCAGUGUGCUGCCAGAGUGUUUUGUCCCAUCCUUCCGAGGAGCGGAUGAAAAAGGGAAGGAAGAGUGUGAGGGCAGCUGUGAACAUGGAGCUUCUGCACAGGAGAGGCAUGGAAGAUCUGGGCCACCUCAUAGAAACCCUUCUGGAGGCUGAGGCGACCUCUGCCUGCUUUGACGACGUGGUCCACAGAGGAUGUCCCUACAAGCACUUCGGCUCCCUGGUGGGACUGCUGGGGUCUCUGACCAGCGACUGCCUGGCCACGUGCCGCCAGAGGGCAUGGGUCUGCCUUGGCUACCUUCUCCAAAUGCAAGCCAAGAGAAUGAAGGUGCCGCAGACAGAUGAGAUCUGGUGCCUUUGUGAGGAGCUGAACAGCCCGCACACCGAGACUUCGGCAGAGACCUGUACCGAAAUAACAAAGGCUGUUUGCAGAUGCAUCCCUGCAGCACAGGCUGUGGACUUUCUGACUGCCGUCCUGGGCAGCUUGCUGCAUGUCAUGCCCCCAUGUGCAAGAGCAGUGUGGAAGUGGGUGUUCGUCUUCCUGGUGGAAUGCAGAAAGGAAAUAGUCCAGGAGGUGCCAAAAAUCUUGGACACCCUUUACAGCUACAUGCAGCAGAGCACCCACAGGCCCUUCCUGCUCCAUGCAGUGUUUCUCCUCACCCGCUUUCACCAGGAGCCCGUAAUCAGCAGUCUCCUCCAGAAGAGUCUCUUCAUGGACAGUGACACGGUGGAGCUGUGGAGGAGCCUGGGGAGAAGCAUCCUUGGGAUUCGGAUCCUGAGGUGCUUAGCGGAGAAACUAAACAGAGCAGGAAACGACCGCCCGGGGACGGGCUCCUCCACUUGUGAGCGGCACGACCGUCAGACUGCUCUGGAGACUCUGACGAUCACCUGUGCCAUCUCCGAGGUGGUGCUUGCCCUGAGGAGCACGGAGGAGCUCAGGCAACUGCUUCCCCACCUCCUUCCCAGCCUCCUGAGGUGGGCCAGUGAAAUGCUGGGUGAGGAGAGGCUGCUUUUGCUCAUGAGCAGCUGGGGAGAACUGUUCCUCGAGUGCCAAAUGCACGUGGAGAAGCCGUGCAGGGUUUUCCUUUCAGCUCUAGAGUUGGUGCUGGGCAAAUGCAUGGCGCAGAAAUGGAUGCAGCUGCUCGUGAAUUGGGCAGUGUGGGCUCGCCUGGAAGACCCCCUGGCUCACCCUGAGGGGGUGUGUCUCCUGAGCAGGGUCCUGCUCCACGCUGGGCUCGUCUCCCCCUGUCUGGUGAAGAACCUCUUGCCGUGGCUGGAUUCCUGCUCAGUUAAACUGCGGGUGACAGCUACAGCUUUCUUUAGCAGCCGCCUGCGGCGCCUUCUAGAAGACCUGGAGAGGCAACAGAGUGCCCUGGAGAUGGAGAACCGCCUCCUGAAAAAGGAAGGCUCUCCAGAAGAGCGCCGCGCCAGGCUGAACGGGGCUGCAGACAAGGAGGCCAUCGUCCUGGCAGCUAUGAGAAAACAACUGGCGGAGCUGCGAGUGCUCAUAGCUCGAUACAGCUAUGAUGCUUUCAAUGGUCCCAACGAGCGGCCUGAACUAGAGCUUCCUCUAGUUGCUGGACGAUACAUGUACAUCUUUGGAGACGUGGGUGAAGAUGGUUGCUGCUUCGUGGCCCCUGCCAUUACCCUGUCCCUGUGCUGGCCCACCCCGCUGCCCCACACAGGGUCCCACGGCCCUGCUGCGCGGGCACAGCAUGCCUGGGACAGGAACUCUGUUGGAGAGAUCAUUGGUGGCUCAGUGCUGGACAUUGCGCGUGUGCUGCCCACCGCCCUGGGUUGGGAAGGGCGAGCUCAGCACAGGACUGUGCUGAGACACUUGGGCAAUCUCACGGGCGAAGGGAGGGAAGCACUUGACUAUGCAUGA